CGCGAAAGCCUUUGUUCCAAAAUCUUAGUGCAAUUAAUCAAAGUGGCACGGAAAGAAGCAAAAUAUCAAAUAUGGGACGUGAAGUGUUUAAAAGAAGGUCAAAAGAUUUUUCUAAGAAGCUUAGACGCAAAAGGCGCGGUAAGCAUCUGCAAAGAAUACAACUCGAACAUGGACGUGAUGGUGGAAGCCCAGAGGAUCAUGCAGGUGGAGAAACUCCUUCGAGAGAGAGAAAUCUACUACGAGGUCACGGUGAACGACACGGCCGUCGUCAGCCAUUCCCCUCAUAGGGCUCGCAGCCCUAUGGGCAUAAUUCAGAGGCCUAGGUCACCCAUAAAAAGAGCUAUGGAUUGGAAAGACUUUUACCCCUUGCAUGUCAUAUACAAUUUUAUGGAUUUCUUAGAGGUACAGUUUCCCUCAACGUGCACAGUUAGUUGUAUAGGAAAAUCUGUAGAAGGCAGAGAUAUAAAGAUGCUUAAAAUUUCAAAUAGUGACGCGAGCAACACGGCUGUUUGGUUAGACGGUGCCAUACAUUCGAGGGAGUGGAUCAGUACAUCAGUGGUCACUUACAUAGCAGACCACCUUGCUAGAAACUUUGAUGAACUCCCUGGAAGCAUAACGAAUAAAGAUUGGUACUUUGUUCCAAUUGUCAACCCAGAUGGCUACCAUCACACUCACAUUCUUGAUCGAAUGUGGCGCAAAAACAGAGCUCGAGUAGGCAAUAAUAUUACUGGAGUCGAUCUAAACAGAAACUUUUCACAUUUCUGGGGACGGGGAGCCGGUGAAUGUUCAUCAGGGGACCCGUACCAUAUAAAUUAUCGUGGAACAGAACCUUUUUCGGAGCCAGAAUCUGCUGCUGUCAAAGAUUUAAUAUUAUACUCGGGGACCCCAUUCAAGAUUUUCUUAACAUUUCAUUCUUAUAGUGAAGUGAUAUCGUUUCCUUGGUGCUACACAGCUGAUCCUUGUAUGGACUACGUCACUUUGCUAGAAGGUGGCACUAUCAUGGCCAAGGCAAUUUAUGAAACAAACGGUCGCAUGUACAAAGUUGGCAACUUCAAAGACCUCAUGUAUUACGCGUGUGGAACAAGCAUAGACUGGAGCUAUGGUGUAGCUCGUAUACCGUUUUCAUACCUCGUCGAGUUGAGAAGCAAAGAACACAGAUUUCUACUACCCAAAGAACAAAUACUAGACUGCUGUAGAGAAGUACUCAACGGCAUAAAGGCUUUAGCACAAUUCGUCGACACAAAAAAGUGUUUAAAUCAUGCUGUUAUAUCUAAAAGGAAAUCAACUAUGUAA